GCGCCCGGAAGUGCUCAGUGCGCAAGCACACGGAGCCGUGGAGUAUGGCUACUUCCUCGGUGUCCAAGGGCUGUUUUGUGUUUAAACCAGACUUCAAGAAAAGAAAGAUCUCUGUGCCAAUCGAGGAUUAUUUUAAUAAUGAGAAACUUGUGUCUGAGGACAGUAAACUUCGAUUUGAAACAUAUCACUUGCUAUGGCAACGGAUAAAAUCUGAAACAGAGCAAUUACAGGAGGAAUUAAAUAAAAACCUGUUUGAUAAUCUAAUUGACUUUCUGCAAAAGUCCCAUUCUGAUUUCCAGAAAAAUUCAAGGAACUGGGGCUGUCAAAUGAAACAGAGAGAAAUUCCCACUGCUGCUCUUAUUCUUGGUGUGAAUGUCACGGAUCAUGAUUUAAUAUUCAGAAGUCUGACAGAGACCCUUCAGAAUAAUGUCACACCAUAUGUAGUCUCAUUACAAGCUAAGGAUUGUCCAGAUGUGAAACACUUUUUGCAAAAGUUGACCUCACAGUUGAUGGACUGCUGUGUAGAUGAAAAUUCCAAAGAGGUGAAAAGUGUUAACACCCCGAAAAAGACAAAUUAUUCAAUGGAUUCACUUUCUAGUUGGUACAAGACUGUCACACAGAACACAGACCCAAAAAUGACGAGCAAAAAGAGGCCUACUUGUCGACAAUGGCAGUCUCCUCCUGUUGUGCUUAUCUUAAAGAAUAUGGAGAGCUUCAAUACGAAAGUACUCCAAGACUUCAUAAUUAUCAGCAGUCAGCAUCUGCAUGAGUUUCCACUGAUUCUCAUUUUCGGAAUCGCCACAUCUCCUGUCAUUAUCCAUCGACUGCUUCCUCAUGCUGUGUCAUCUCUGCUGUGUAUAGAGCUCUUCCAGUCUUUGUCUUGCAAGGAGCACCUGACAGUGAUCCUUGAUAAGCUGCUGCUUACAGCUCAGUUUCCUUUUAAAAUAAGUAAAAAGGCAUUACAAGUUCUGACCAACAUCUUUUUAUAUCAUGAUUUCUCAAUUCAAAACUUCAUAAAAGGACUUAAGCUUUCUCUACUAGAACAUUUUUAUUUGCAACCCCUAAGUGUUCUGUGCUGUGAUCUCCCGGAAGCCAAGAAAAGAAUAAAAUUUUUCUCAGUUAAUCAAUGUGAAAAUGUCCGGCGCCUUCCAUCAUUUCGGAGGUACGUGGAGAAACAAGCUUCAGAAAAGCAAGUUGCACUGUUGACCAAUGAGACAGUUUUAAAGGAGGAAACUCAGUUAUUACUAGAAGACCUGCAUGUUUACCAUAUGAACUACUUCCUUGUUUUGAGAUGUCUUCAUAAUUUUACCUCUUCUCUUCCCAAGUACCCACUGGGUCGACAGAUCAGGGAGCUGUAUUGCACAUGUUUAGAAAAGAAUGUAUGGGAUUCAGAGGAGUAUGUAUCAGCCUUGCAGCUGCUGAGAAUGCUGGCCAAGGAUGAACUGAUGAGCAUACUUCAGAACUGUUUUGAGGUGUUGAAUUCCUCUACUGAAAAGCAGCUUGGCAGCACAACACAAAAAGUAAAGGAUUUCCUGACCCAGUUUCAGAACCUUGAUGCAGAUAGCAAAGAGGAAGAGGAUGCUUGUGGAUCACAGCCAAAGGGGCUGCAGAAAACAGACCUCUAUCACCUUCAGAAGUCCUUAUUGGAAAUGAAGGAGUUAAGGAGAUCAACUAAGAAGCAGACCAAGUUUGAAAUGCUCAGAGAAAAUGUUGUGAACUUCAUCGACAACCUGGUGAGAAGCUACCUUCUGCCUCCUGAGAGCCAGCCUUUGCAUGAGGUAGUGUACUUCAUUGCUGCCCACACACUCCGUGAGCACUUAAAUGCUGCUCCACGAGUCGCCCUACACACUGCACUCAACAAUCCUUAUUAUUAUUUAAAGAAUGAAGCACUCAAAAGUGAGGAAGGCUGCAUUCCAAAUAUUGCCCCUGACAUCUGUAUAGCAUAUAAACUGCACCUGGAGUGUAGCCGGCUAAUUAACCUUGUCGACUGGUCAGAGGCUUUUGCAACAGUUGUGACUGCUGCUGAAAAAAUGGAUGCAAAUUCUACAACUUCAGAAGAAAUGAAUGAAGUUAUCCAUGCUCGAUUUAUUAGAGCUGUUUCUGAACUAGAGCUUUUAGGCUUUAUAAAACCUACAAAACAGAAGACUGACCAUGUAGCAAGGCUGACAUGGGGAGGCUGCUAAAAAGCAAAGAAGUGUAGACAGGGGCUCCACAUCUAACAGAUGAAAAGAAGCCUGCUGAGUUGAGUUUAACCAAAAAGUGCACUGCUAACCAGAAAUUGUGUAUCAAAACAUCUUUGGAAUACUUCAAAUCUAAUCAAUGUAACUAUACUUUCUACAGUUAUUACUAAAUUCUAAACAAAGCA